AUGUCGAGUCGCGUGAGGCAUAAUACGAUGUACUUCAAAUCAGCAAGUAUGAAGGUGAUGAGCGCUGGCCUUGGACUUGCGGCUUGUGGCCUGUCGUUGUGGACAUACAUUCAAGUGCGGAGGUUUGCACUACCCGUUACUUGUAUGAUUUCAAUAUUGAACAUCCUCAUUUCUUCAGCGGGAUUGGCUGUGAUGUGGUCCCCCAGAAAAGUGGUCGCAACAACCGAAAACAGACGAUACAUUGAUUUUAUCACCAGCUAUUCGCAUGUCAUUAUCCUAGUGCCAUUCGCCUUGGCCGUGCUGUCGCCCACUUAUGGGGUCCCAUCGGAUGUCAGAGCCUGUCGGACAGAAAUGCAGUGGGAGCACCUUUUCCAAGCCAAGAAUGAAGCUGCUGUCAAGUCAAUACAAAAGCAGUUUCGCUGUUGUGGCUUCAACUCCAUGCGUGACCGCGCGUGGCCCUUCCCUUCUCGGCACGUUAACGCCGACGCCUGCGAAAGGAAUUUAGGGUUUGAAACUUAUUGCGGACCUUUCCUCAAAGAAAAAGUGUUGCAUGCCGCAAUAGUCAGCUGUUUCGCCAGCGUUUUGAACAUUAUCUUGCUGCUCCUCAUCACAUCCGUGAUUUCGAAACUGCCAACACAGGGCCAUCCAUCCUACCUUGAAGUCAAUGUGCGAAGCAGGCUUCUUCAAGGUAACAAUGACGAUGUUCAAGAAACCUUUGAAGAAGAUCGGAGGAGGCGAGCAGAGCGAGAUAACAUGUGA